CGCCCCCCCCCCCUCCCCUUCUUUUCAGCACGUGAUCCGGCGGCGGCGGCGCGUGGCUGGUGUCGAGCUGUAGCACGAGUCCCGGUGAAGGAGAGCGUUUGGCGGCCAUGUCGAAGCGGCACCGGCUAGACCUCGGCGAUGACUACGCUCCCAGCAAGAAACGGAGCGAGGGGAAAGAGCGAGAACGUGAAAGAGAUGACCGAUCAAAGGAUCGUGAUAGGGAUCGUGACAAAGAGAGAGACCGUGAACGUGAUAGGGACAAAGAUAAAGACUCCAGGGGUGUAUCAAAUACACCUUAUAUCACAGCAGCUGGGAUACCACCCGUAAAACCAGCAGCACUUCCUCAAGGCGUUAACCCAUUUACAAACCUACCACACACCCCACGAUACUAUGAUAUAUUAAAAAAGCGACUUCAGCUACCAGUUUGGGAAUACAAGGAACGGUUCACCGAUAUCCUAGCACGGAACCAGUCCUUUGUUUUGGUUGGAGAGACUGGCUCUGGAAAAACUACACAGAUUCCUCAAUGGUGUGUUGAUUACAUGCGGUCGUUGCCGGGUCCUAAAAGAGGCGUUGCGUGUACCCAGCCAAGAAGAGUAGCUGCAAUGAGUGUGGCCCAGAGAGUGGCUGAUGAAAUGGAUGUAAUGUUGGGUCAGGAAGUUGGUUAUUCCAUUCGAUUUGAAGACUGCAGCAGUGCAAAAACAAUCCUGAAGUAUAUGACUGACGGUAUGUUACUUCGAGAGGCAAUGAAUGACCCGCUUUUGGAACGGUAUGGUGUGGUAAUUCUUGACGAAGCUCAUGAAAGGACUUUGGCAACAGACAUAUUAAUGGGUGUUUUAAAGGAGGUGGUGAGACAAAGAAACGAUUUGAAGGUUAUAGUCAUGAGUGCUACUCUAGAUGCUGGAAAAUUCCAGGUUUAUUUUGAUAGCUGUCCACUUCUGACAAUUCCUGGCCGUACACAUCCUGUAGAAAUCUUCUAUACGCCAGAGCCAGAACGGGAUUACCUAGAGGCAGCCAUUCGUACUGUGAUACAGAUACACAUGUGUGAAGAAGAGGAGGGAGAUCUUCUGCUCUUCCUCACUGGCCAAGAGGAAAUCGAUGAGGCGUGUAAACGGAUUAAAAGAGAAAUUGAUGACUUGGGUCCUGAAGUUGGUGAUAUCAAGAUCAUUCCUUUGUAUUCGACUCUACCACCACAGCAACAGCAGAGAAUAUUUGAGCCCCCUCCACCCAAGAAAACAAGUGGUGCAAUAGGCAGAAAGGUUGUGGUAUCCACUAAUAUAGCUGAGACUUCUUUAACAAUCGAUGGUGUUGUAUUUGUGAUUGAUCCGGGUUUUGCCAAGCAAAAGGUGUAUAAUCCUCGUAUUCGAGUGGAAUCCCUUCUUGUGACCGCUAUCAGUAAAGCUUCAGCACAGCAGAGAGCAGGUCGAGCUGGUCGUACUAGGCCAGGCAAAUGCUUUAGGCUUUACACAGAGAAAGCUUAUAAAACAGAAAUGCAGGACAAUACCUACCCUGAAAUCCUGAGGUCUAAUUUGGGUUCUGUGGUGCUGCAGUUAAAGAAACUUGGUAUUGAUGACUUGGUUCACUUUGACUUUAUGGAUCCUCCAGCCCCUGAAACAUUAAUGCGAGCCCUGGAGCUCUUGAAUUAUCUAUCUGCCUUAAAUGAUGAUGGAGACCUUACUGAAUUGGGGUCAAUGAUGGCAGAAUUUCCUCUGGACCCACAGUUAGCCAAGAUGGUUAUCGCAAGUUGUGAAUACAAUUGUUCUAAUGAGAUCCUAUCUAUAACAGCCAUGCUGUCAGUCCCACAGUGUUUUAUUCGACCCACGGAAGUCAAGAAAGCUGCAGAUGAAUCCAAGAUGAGGUUUGCCCACAUAGAUGGUGAUCAUCUGACGCUGCUGAACGUGUAUCACGCUUUUAAACAAAAUCAUGAAUCGUCUCAGUGGUGUUAUGACAACUUCAUUAACUACCGGUCCCUGAUGUCUGCAGACAAUGUACGGCAGCAGCUGUCACGAAUCAUGGACAGAUUUAACUUGCCGCGUAGAAGCACAGACUUCACAAGCCGUGAUUAUUACAUUAAUAUUAGAAAAGCUUUGGUUACUGGUUAUUUCAUGCAGGUGGCACAUUUGGAGAGAACUGGCCAUUACCUAACAGUGAAGGACAACCAAGUUGUUCAGUUACAUCCCUCCACCGUUCUUGAUCACAAACCUGAGUGGGUACUGUACAACGAAUUUGUACUCACAACCAAGAACUACAUCCGCACGUGCACAGAUAUAAAGCCUGAAUGGUUGGUGAAAAUUGCAGCCCAGUACUAUGAUAUGAGCAACUUUCCCCAGUGUGAAGCAAAGAGGCAGCUUGAGCGCAUUAUUGCCAAAUUUCAGACAAAAGAAUAUUCUCAGUACUGAGAGAUUUGCAAUUUUAGGCUGGUCAUUCCAGCAGAGGGAGGGUAUGAGAGUAAUGGUUGCAUUGGUUUCUAUGUGAAGAUGGCCUUUAUUUGAAAAGCUUUUUAAUUUUUCGUUCAUAACAGUAAAUAUUACAUUAUUUGGUAAAUGAAAUCUUUGUCUCUCCCCUUUGUGUUGACACAGUAGAUUGUACUGGAAAUGUCGAUCAAUGUGUUGCAGUUUAUUGGAAGUAGUUCUAUAUAUAACUGUUAUACGCAUUUCUUAAGAAAUGUAAAAUGCUUCUAAUAUGUGAUCAGACAAUGUUCUGCAUGGUUGUUGUAACUGUUGACAUUCCUUUUCGAAAUUUUGAAAUGUUACAACUUGUGCAUAUAAAAAUCCAACCAUCAGCCUCAAUAUUGAGGUAUUGGCUUCAAUAAAGUCUAUUUAUAAUAA